ACUCGACGCUGUCUUCACACUAAUCCGCGGAUGUCAGUACGGCGUCAUGGCGGACAUCAAGACGGGAAUCUUCGCCAAAAAUGUGCAGAAAAGGCUGAACAGAGCGCAGGAGAAGGUGCUGCAGAAGCUAGGAAAAGCAGACGAGACCAAAGAUGAACAGUUUGAACAAGUUGUCAUCAACUUCAGGAGACAAGAGUGUGAAGGUUCGCGGCUGCAGAGGGAGAUGAAGGCCUACAUGUCUGCUAUUAAAGGGAUGCAGCAGGCCUCCAUCAACUUGACUCAGUCGCUCCAUGAGGUCUACGAGCCAGACUGGCAUGGAAAAGAUGAUGUCAUGACCAUCGGCAAGGACUGUGAUGCAUUGUGGGAAAACUUUCACAAUAAGCUGGUGGACUCGACACUGCUGAAUCUGGACGCAUACUUGCUACAGUUUCCUGACCUGAAGACCCGUGUGGCCAAAAGGAGCCGAAAACUCAUUGACUACGACAGCGCUCGUCAUCACGUUGAAACUCUGCAGACGACCGGGAUGAAAAAUGACCGCAAGAUUCUCAAGGCUGAUGAGGAGCUCAGAAAGGCCCAGAGAGUGUUCGAUGAGCUCAACGCUGGUCUGCAGGAUGAACUUCCAACUCUUUGGGACAGUCGAGUUGGAUUCUACAUCAGCACUUUCAAGAGCGUGACGAGUCUGGAGGCCAGAUUUCACCGUGAGAUUUAUCUGGUGUGUAAGCAGCUGUAUGAAGUGAUGAUGCAACUUAGUGAACAACACGCUGACAAAAUGUUCACCAUCCAAGGAGCACCAAGUGAUGCGGGCCCGCUGCGGCUCGCUCGGACGCCGUCUCCACCAGAAGACGAAAGUCCACCUGAGAGUCCGGACGCCGGUUCCAAUCACAUGCUCCGCCCAGUCUCUCCUGGACCUCCACGUCCCAAAUCUCCAAUGCAGAUGAAAAAGGGACCCCCAGUGCCUCCGCCCCCCAAAGUCACACCUUCCAAAGAGGUGGUGGAGGAGCAAAUCAUUGAUCUGUUUGGAGGAGAGUUUUUACCGGCACCGUCACCAUUGCAGCCCAAUGAGAGGCCAGGAGAAUCUCUCCUCGAUAUGGAUUUCGACGCCUUCCAGCCAGAUGAAAGUGUGUCGCCAGUACCGCAGACUGUUGUACCUUGGGAUACGUGGUCGGCACAGUCAGCCCAGACCGCUUCAGAAAGUGGCUUUGUCGCCGAUUGGUCAGCUGACUUUAGUUCAGCGACCAGCAACGGAGAGGCUGCCGCAGGGGAGGCCGCUACAGGAGCUCCAGAAGGUACAGAGCAAGGGGAUCAAGGAGGCGAAGAAGAUAGAGCCAUGUCACCUCCUCCUCUACCUCCUUCUGCCAAGGACAGUGAGGCAGCAGAGGAUGAGGUUAGCAGCCGGGAUGACCUGUCUGAAACGCACCCCAACCUUCUCUAUGCUGCUGAAUUGGAAACGGGGCAGGCAGAGUCUGAGGGAAAUAAGCCAGGGGAGGGAGUUCACAAGAAGUCCACCCCUGGGCUCCUGUUUACCGAUGAGUUUGGUAAAGAGAUUGAGGACAGCUCCAAAUGCAUGACAGAGAAGUGGUCCAGGUCUCCCGAAGGCUCGGGAUCAGAAUACGAAACCGCAGAAGAAUGGGCCGAUGGGGUUCAGUGUGGGGGCUGGGCAAGUGCAGACGACGAACCUUCACGUGAAUAUCACCCUGAUGCUAAAAACGCAGAGUCGCUCCCGGAUAUCACAGGAAGUAGAAGUGGUGCUCAAGCAGACAAAAGUCUGAAUGUUGAGGAAAACACAGCAAAUGUCAUGUCGGGAAAUGCUGGAAGUAGGGAUAUACCAACCUGGUCUGAAAGACAGGAGGGAGGUGUGUUUGACAGUGAUCCUUUUACAGAAACACAGGGAGCAAGCAAGUUUCAUAACAAUCGUUUGGCAGAAACACAGGAAGGAGUUGCGUUUGAGUCUGAUGCUUUUACCGAAACACAAGGAGGAGGUGCGUUUGAUUCAGACCCUUUUGCUGAAACACAGGCCGGAGGAGCGUUACAAUCAGAUCCUUUUGCCGAAAGGCAGGAAGAAGGAGCGUCAGAGUUAGAUUAUUUUGCUGACAUUCAGGGGGGAGGUGCGUUUGAUUCAGACCCUUUUGCUGAAACACAGGCCGGAGGAGCGUUCCAAUCAGAUCCUUUUGCCGAAAGGCAGGAAGAAGGAGCGUCAGAGUUAGAUUCUUUUGCUGACAUUCAGGGGGGAGGUGCGUUUGAUUCAGACCCUUUUGCUGAAACAGAGGCCGGAGGAGCGUUCCAAUCAGAUCCUUUUGCCGAAAGGCAGGAAGAAGGAGCGUCAGAGUUAGAUUCUUUUGCUGACAUUCAGGGGGGAGGUGCGUUUGAUUCAGACCCUUUUGCUGAAACAGAGGCCGGAGGAGCGUUACAAUCAGAUCCUUUUGCCGAAAGGCAGGAAGAAGGAGCGUCAGAGUUAGAUUCUUUUGCUGACAUUCAGGGGGGAGGUGCGUUUGAUUCAGACCCUUUUGCUGAAACAGAGGCCGGAGGAGCGUUACAAUCAGAUCCUUUUGCCGAAAGGCAGGAAGAAGGAGCGUCAGAGUUAGAUUCUUUUGCUGACAUUCAGGGGGGAGGUGCGUUUGAUUCAGACCCUUUUGCUGAAACACUGGGCAGAGGUGUGUUUGACUCUGACCCUUUUGCUGAAACACAGGCAGGAGGAGCAUUAGAUUCAGAUCCUUUCAACAAAACACACGAUCGAGGAGCAUUGGAUUCAGAUCCUUUUGCCAACAUUCAGGGAGGAGGUGUGUUUGAUUCUGACCCUUUUGCUGAAACAAUAGGCAGUAGUGUGUUUGAUUCAGAACCUUUUGCUGAAACACAUGAUAAAGGUCCAUUUAAAUGUGUUCCUUUUGGCGAGACUCAGGUUGGAGAUAAGGCAGAUUGUUUGAGGUUAGAAGCCAGUUUAAAGGUGAAGUGUUUUGUGGUCUCUGGAGGCCGAGGAAGCAGUUGGGAACCUUUUGCAAACAGUCUAUGUACAGCAUCGUCAGAUGCUGUGGUUGAUAACGUGUUCAGGAAGCAAGUUGGCAAGAGCAGCUGCUUUGACUUUCCUAAUGAACACAGAAGCUCAACCACGGAAGUGCAAGAUGUAAAUCUUCCCCAAGUCUGCAAGGAACCAGAAAGUUCCGACAUCUCCGAAGAUGAGGCUGCAAACCUGAGAUUUGGAAAAAUGUACCAAGCUGUAGCUAAAGAAAAGGAAGAGGAUGCCCCUUGCCCAUCAUUGUUUGCUGAUUUUGAUCAAAUGGCUUCAGAGAUGCCAAAUUCUGCACCUCCUGCUGGUGAAGAACCCCUGCCAGUGCACCCUGCUGCUGAAGAAAAUACAGCAGUGAGUUGUGGCUCUCCGCUGGAAGAAAACCUUUCUGAUCUGGAUUCAGUUCCGGUAGAAAAGAAGCAAAGUCCUACGGAUGAAAUUUCGGAAACCAUGGCCAUCCCAUCUGUAGUGAUUGAGCCCGCCUCCAGCAACGAAGGUGAUGAUGAUAGGGAUGCGGACAUCAUCUCGCCCUCCGCUAUCGGCGACAACGGCGUGGUGGUUGACAAACCCCCAAUCAAACCCACAAGCUCGUCUCCUGGGGGACUCCCUGGUGACUUCCUGUACAAGGUGGAGACGAUGCAUGACUUUGAGGCAGCAAACAGUGAUGAGCUGGACCUGAAGCAAGGUGAUGUGGUCUUGGUGCUUCCCACUGCCUCAGUGGAGGAUCAGGAAGCAGGCUGGCUGACAGGAUUCAAGCAAAGUGACUGGAUGAUGCUGGGAAUUGGAGCUCAGAAGGGACUUUUCCCAGAAAAUUUUACACAGCGUUUAGAGUGAGAAGACUUCCCACCCACAUGUACACAAAGCGUUCAAAUUCACUGCUGGAGUUUUCCCAGGAUCAACCCUCACGUGAUCUGAUAUGGGAUUGCCCACACCUACCCCCACCCUGCCCUAUUUCAAGGAAACAAAAUAGGGACCAGUGUUUGUGUGAGCAUGUUCCCAUCUAAAAAAAGGUAUAAAUCAUUUCUGAAGACAAACAAAGUGUAUUGAUUUUUGUCCCCCAAAAGUGUAACACUGUUUAAGCACACUCCAGAGUCCCAAAUUCCUUUUUCAGUUACCAUUGAUGUGUUGUGCUCGAUCACAUUAAUUUGUGUGGCUGUGCUCAUAGUUUGUUAGAUCAGUUUAGUGUGGCAACAAGUUGUAACAUUUCAUAGUUAUUUCCAAAAAUAUAUUGUUAAAAAACGCCAUUGUUAUUUAAAUAUGCACAAGUAAUGUGGAAAUGAAAUAGUAUUUUAAAAUAGUAAACAUUCAUCUGAUUUCAAUGGAGGAAUGAAAUAUGAAGAUAAAUGAAUAUAUGAAUAUUCAACAUAUGGAUAAAAGGAUAUGUGUUAUUAGAUAGUGAGAUGAUAUUACUGUAUUGUAUUGUCAAAAUAAAGUUCUUUCCA